CUGAGUCCUGUUACUAUAGCAACUUCCUAGGCACACUCUGCCCCUUAAGUCAGGGAGGGGCUGCAGCGGGGUCUGGGGCACAGGCGAAGAGGAGAAGGAUGUGAACCCCUGGCUGGCCCUGGAAGCGCCUCCUGUACAACCCCGGGCUGUGCGGCCUGGGGAAGAGAGAGGGGAUCGGUGGCCCAGUUCAGACAAGGGAGGAUGGUCCACCAAGCAGGGGGCCAGCUCAGAGAGGGGUGGUGGAGUGGUCCAUCCCAGUGUUGGGGUUCAGCUCAGACUGUAGGAUGAGCCAUCCCAGUGUUGGGGUCCAGCUCAGAAUGGGGGUCGUUCCAGCCCAGUGUUGGGGUCCAGCUCAGAGUUGUGUCAUUUAGGUAAGCCCAGAGCAGGGAAUCCAGGCUCCACUGGAGGAAUCAGCCAGCCUCGAGUAGGAAGCCCAGCCCAGGCUGGGCAUUCCUGCCCCAGAAUUCCCAGGACAGCCAGAUUUCAAAAGGGCAGAAGGUCUGAGAUUGUUGUCCGGAGGAAGGGGGUUCUGAGGCUGGGCUCCUUCUGAGGGAGACCCCAAGCCCCUUGCCCAAAUUGAUAUUCUGCUGUUGCAAUUCCCCAUUCCCAGGGCGAGUUUCUAGAUUUCUGCUUUCUGCUGUGGUCCUGGCUUUUCAAGGGGUGUCAAGGAGUUUUCUCUAUGAGCCCGAAUGGAAUCUGGACCAGAGUGAGAGCUGGCACCCCCCGUGUGGGAGAUGUGGGCAGGGUGGCAGGCCGUACAGGCCAGCAGCUGGCUGGGUUACCAUCCUCUCCCACUUCCUGUUGCUAGCAGGGGUCCUGGAUGCCGGGCACACUCAAAGAGGCUGCCACUGACCCUCUGCUUCUUUUGGGAUCUGGAAAGAAGGAGGAAGAUGGUCAAGGCUGCCUCCCCCUCCCCCACCCCUGGGUUUAGCCGCUUGUUUCCGGUUUGGACUUUCAUGGCCGAGAGUAGAGCCAAGCACAGGGCAAGGUUUGAGAGAGGCCAAGGACAUCCCGGGAUGCCUUUCCCCUCUCUACCCCCGCAUAGGAGCAAAACAAAGGGUCAGAUAUACCCAUUUUCUCUCUCAGGAUAGCAGGAUUUGGGGGUUCCACAUUGAAAGGGAGUUCAGGGGAGGAGGCAGGGUGGCUCUUGUGGCCCCCCGCCCCAAGCUUUUCUCUCCAGCUGUUCUUUCAGCGAAUUAAGGGAGCUCUGGGGCCUCUUUAGCCCCUAGGGAGUCUCUGGCUGUUGCCUGAUCCUGAACCUUAACUCUUUCCCCUCUGCCCAGUGGGCACUGCUCUGGUCACAUCAGGCACUGUCCUCUGCACAGUCCAGUGCCCACUGAGGAAGGCAGGGCCUGGCGUCCUGGGAGCAGUGAAGUCCGUGGAAAGGGAAGUUAGUUUUAUCGCCCCGCCCUGGGGCACGCAGGCCAGCCAGAGGGACACCCUCGGGAGAAUCUUCCCAUCGCCUCCUGCCAAGGAAGCCCUCUGCAAACCUUGGCCAGCUUGGAGCAGGUACCUUUAAAAGCUUCUGUGGCAACCAGCUCCUCCUCCCUGGUCCCCUGAGGCCAUCCCAAGGAAGCUGACUUAGAGGCUCUGCAUUUUCCUGGUUUCUCAGCAAAAGGAAGAUUCCAGGGAGAGCCCAGGGGGGCCGGGGAUGGAUCUGGGAUCAGGCAGCAGCCAGGGUGGGGACUUGGAGACCACUUUCCAGCUGUGGCUGCAGCUGCUCCUCUGGGCCCACCUGGCUGUACGUUUCCUGGGCUACCUGCACCACACCUUCUGGGGGCCUAAGCCACAGCCAGCACCCUGAGCCUCCCUGGCCAGGGGGCAGAAGGCCGCCAGAUCACCCCAUCCCACCCACCCUUUAUUCUACCCUUUGCUGGAAGAGACAGGAAGCAGAGGUGAGUGUGGGGCCUCUUGAUUGAGGUUACCUGCCCCUCCCCCCCCAUCAUCCCUCUCUCUGCCUGCUCCUCCUGGCACUGGCCUCCCCCAUGCCCCAUCCCCAAAUCUGACAAGCUAACAGGGCUAGUGGCACCAGAGAGGACAGAGCCUGGGCGCUCUGGUCCUUUGAGGCCAGAGAAGGGCACCCUGUGGAGCGACUCCGUGGGGCCCAGCGGACAGCCAGGGGCUGGGAGCUCAGUGAGUCGGGGAGGUGCAGGAUUCAGCAAUUCUUUCCUUUUUGCUAAGAGCAAAGGGAAAACGGACCAGACCUUUUGGAUUCCCUUCAAGCCUGGCACCUCUCUGCCUUCUUGUGUGGGUGAAGGUAGAAUCCCAAGAGGGCACCCUCCACCCUCCCCACCCACCGCUGAAUUCUGUGUGGAUUAUUUGGAGGUUUCCAAGGAAGAUGUUUUCUGUCACAACGGUUCUAUGACUGAAGCCAGGCACAGUGGCUCACGCCUGUAAUCCCAGCACUUUGGGAGGCUAAGGUGGGGGAAUCCAUUGAGGCCAGAAGUUGGAGACCAGCCUGGGCAACAUAGCAAGACCCCAUCUCAAAACAAAAUAAAACACUCAAACAAAGGUUCUGCUAGUGAAAGUGUUGGAUUUGGUGUGACCCCCAGGCUCAGGCCCCUGGGCUAGUUGGUGGCCCAGCCAGGCACCCAUCUAGGACUCCUGGCCAUUCAUUGCCUAUCCCCUCUCCGCCUGGUCAUUUAUUGUGGGGCCUUCUUGGCCACGGUCUCUCUCCA